UGGACUCACCAUCUGACUUUAAACAUUAAAAACUUUUGGUGUCUAAAAGAUGUGCCAUGGAAUGGUAGGAGCAAAGAGCACCACAACAUCGUUGCUUGCCUUGAUCAGUCAUGGGAUACUUUUUCCAUUCUUUAUCUUCAGUUCCUGUAUGGUGGAAGGAUUGGACUCAUUCUGUCCACAGCCAUCCAAACCUGAGAAUGGAGGUUACAAAUGUCAUCCAACGCCUUGCAAAGACCCACUGACAUCUGACAGUGUCAUAGAGUAUUUCUGUGACAAAGGUUAUGUUUUGAAAGGAGAUUACAAAUAUUUGACUUGCAAGAAUGGCAAGUGGAAUCCAGAAUUGGAGGUUACCUGUAGACUUAGUCAAGAUAAAGGUUCUCCUCCAAGUGUAGGAGUACCCACUUUAUCCAUAGUGGCUACUACAGCAAGUUCAGUCGCUCUCAUCCUUCUCUUAGUUGUAUUGUUUGUCUUGCUACAACCAAAACUGAAGUCAUUUCAUCAUAGCAGGCGUGAUCAAGGUGUUUCUGGGGACCAGGUUUCUAUUAUGGUGGAUGGAGUUCAGGUAGCUUUGCCAUCUUAUGAAGAAGCUGUCUAUGGCAGUGCUGGAAACUGCAUACCAUCCUCAGAUACACGAAUACAGAUCGUCCUUUCAGAAGGAGCUGGACAGAGUGAGGCAAGGGAAAUGCAACAGCCGCCACCAGACCAAGUGGGUCCCAGUGGUUUUAUUAGGGAGGAUGAAACCCCUGGACACUCUGGAUUGUGUGAAGCUGGAAGCUCUCACCACUCAGAAACAGUUCUAGUGCAUCAGGCGACCACGUCUUCCUGGGUGGCUGGCACAUCUAGUAAUAAAUCUGGGCACAAAGAGACUUCGGACUCAGAAAAUAGUGAUGUACAAAGCCUCUUAUCGCUUGCUUCCUCAGAGGAGUACAUGGAUGAUAUUCCAUUGUUGAAAGAAGCAUGAGGAUUACAACAUUCAUCAAGUCUACACUCUCUAGUUUUCGGAAUGAUGAGCGCUUCAUGCUGGCUUUUCCUUCCCU